AUGCCCUUUGCCGUCACUGGAAGACUUGCACAGUUCGCUUGGCAUCUGGCAGCCAAGUUCCACAGCGUACUCGGUCUGGAAAGAGAAAACAUGCGUGCGAUCGUUGCACAAAGCGCAAACGUGCCUGUAACCAAGGGAACCCUUGUGCUGAGUGUGCUCUUCAAGACUCCAAAUGCACAUACCUUCAGAAGAAGCAGAGAUAUUCGCAAAUAUCUGAGAGCGGAAUAA